AUCUAUCGAUCUCCUUUGUAUCAUGGUAUAUUCGCCAUUGUUAAAAUCUUUAUACUUGCGUCGAUUGUCAAUUGGUUCGGCGUUUUCUGCCUCGAGUUACAUCACAUCACAUUCAGCUAGGCUUGAUUGAUAGGUACUUCCUCAUUUAUACCAACCAUGCAACCAUGUACCCAUAGUCAUUGCGAGGACUAGUAACAGUCUAGCAGUUUCGCUUACGAAAAAUUACCUCCUAUUGACGAGUGCGGAAGGAUCGAUCCGUUUAAACCAUCUCACAAACAACAUGUAAGCUCCAUUUAUGCACAGAUGGAGACAUAAAAAGGAAGCAGUCACCAAUAUCAUUCUAUUUAUUUCACUGCCAUUCGAAAAAGAACAAUAUUGGCUGCGAAGUAAAAUCGACAUUCAAUAUGGUAUUUGGUCCCCCACAUCGUUUGAUUUUUCGGCAUUUCUAACAGAAAGAUAGCACAUCUUGAUCAUUGGUUGCGGCCUUGCGGGUCUCACCACAUCUAUUGCGCUAGUCAAAGGCGGACAUACGGUAGAAAUAUUAGAGAGCUCUGCACAUAUCUCAUACAUUGGAGCUGGUAAAUGGGCAUUCGUUGCGGUUCAACACAUGCAAUGAUAUUCACAAUCUGCAGGUAUUCAGAUCACACCAAAUUCGUCCAAGGUUCUUAGACGGUUGGGAAUCGAUUCGUAUAUUGAGAAAUAUUGUACCUAUCCUGUGGAUUUGAGAAUGAUGCGUUGGAAGGAUGGUCAGGUUCUCGUUGAGUGUCCGUUGAAAGAUCCUGCGGAAAAUGAUUACAUGUCUCCUUAUUGGUUGGUCAUUGUUUCACGGUCGUAUAGUAGGACUAAGAAGAGAUAGGCAUAUUCAUCGCGCUGAUCUUCAUCGUGGACUACUGAGUGCUGCAAUGGAUCAUGGUUGUAAGGUUACGUUGAACAGCCGUGUGGUCAGUAUUGACCCUUCUGUGCCUACGCUUGCUACACAAGAUGGGAAAACUUAUUCGGCAGACUUGAUUGUCGCAUCAGAUGGUGAGUAGUCCAAUAGAUGAACCACCCAGUUUGUAUUGAAGCCUGACUCUGCAAUCCUAGGUCUACAUUCAAUGGCCCGUGAAGUCAUCCUAGGUAGAGCUAGUGCGCCGAUUCCAACAGGCCAAAUGGCAUAUCGCGUAAUACUCCCAGUCAAAAGACUUGAAGGUAUCCCUGAAUUGGAAGAAAUUAUCUCCAUUGCUCGGAAUAAUCAUUGGCUUGGUCCUAAUGCAACCAUCUUGUCAUACUUAUUAGAGGGCAAGGAGGAAAAAUUGCUAAAUCUUGUUUUCACGUUAGUUUCUCUCGUGUUGGUGUUCGCCUUGGCAAUCAUGAUGACAUGCUUAGGUGUGACACAAAUAUGCCCGAUGGAACGAACCAAAGGAUUCAAGAUAGUACAGAGCUUCGAGAUAGAUUCAAAGAUUGGGAUUCGAGGUAUUUGCAGAGUUGAAAUGAUACAACACCAGCUGAUGCAUUAAUCUAGGAUUGGCAUGAUCCUUGAACAUGUGGAUACGGUAUUAGAAUGGAGGGUGAGAUUAUUAAUAUUUUCUGAGUAACCUGCUAACACCUAAGUUUAAAAAGCUUUACACCCACGAAGAACUAAACAGCUGGAUUCAUAAAUCAGAAAACCUCUGUCUAAUCGGCGACGCAGCACAUGCCAUGACACCCUAUCUCGCCCAAGGAGCAGCGAUGAGCAUCGAAGAUGCAGCCAUCCUGGGAGCACUUCUGGAAAAAUACCCCAACAACAACACACUUCCAGAAGCAUUAUCAAAGUAUUUCAAUCUUCGACAAAAGCGAACUGCAAUGAUUGCCAAGGCGUCAAUUGAAUCGAGAUAUUUUACACAGAUGCCUGAUGGGGAUUUGCAGAAAGACAGAGAUGAGUAUUUAUUAACGCAUCCGGGGAUUUGGAGGGAGCAUAUUAAUAUUCGGUCUCGGAGGGAGUUCUUGGAUGAACUUUUUGGUUAUGAUGCGUAUAAGGCUCUGGAAGAUUUCUCUACGCUGCUUUGACAAGAUUGUGGAGGGGGGUUUUGGUGGAUGGCGAAUUCGAUUGCUUUUGGAAGGUAGUCUAGUAUUAUGCUCUGCGCGUUUUUAUAUUAUUCCUGUUUGUUUA